AUGGUGAAAGAAGUAGACGCAAGCGCAGUACGCGAUUAUUGGAGGAAUGGCAAAGAAAUUGCCCUCAUCGAUGUCCGCGAAGAAGGACCGUAUUCUGAGUCUCACCCUCUCUUCGCCAUCAAUGUGCCUGUGUCAGAGAUUGAGAGAAAACUGCCUGCCCUGGUUCCCCAGCUAGCAGCUUAUAUCGUUGUGUACGACAAUGGCGAGGGUUAUACCGACCGAGCAGUCCACCGGAUGAACGCGAUGGGAUACGAGAAUGUUGAUAUCCUACAUGGCGCACUCUCCGCAUAUAAAAGACACGGCGAAGUAUAUCGUGAUGUGAAUGUCCCGUCAAAGGCAUUCGGUGAACUUGUCGAAUCUAUCAAUCACACACCAUCUUUAUCUGCGCGCGAUGUCAAGGAGCUGCUGGCGAAGGAAAGUGAUGUGACGGUUUUAGACGCGCGACGCUUUGAGGAAUAUCAUACCAUGAGUAUUCCGCGGGGCCGAAGCUGUCCUGGAGGAGAACUUGUGUACCGAAUAUUUGAGGCCGUGCCGUCUCCGACGACUACAGUUGUCGUCAAUUGUGCCGGUCGGACACGGAGUAUUGUUGGGACACAGUCGCUGAUCAACUCUGGGAUCCCCAAUCGGGUGGUCGCCCUUCGGAAUGGGACUAUCGGUUGGACUUUGGAAGGGUUGAAGUUGGAGACGGGAGAGACGACGCGGAUCCCACGGCCUUCGCUCAGUGCAUUGAAAAAGGCGCGCCAAUGUGCAGAGUCCUGGGCUAAGUACCUUGAUGUCUCCGUUAUUGAUGAGGUUUUACUGGAGAGAUUCAUCUGCGACAACGAACAGAGCGAGAUUACUUACUUUUUGGACGUGAGAGACCCGGACGAAUAUGCCCUUGGUCACAUCGAAGGCUUCUCCAAUGCCCCUGGAGGUCAAUUGGUACAAGCAACUGACGAGUGGAUCGGUGUCCGAGGAGCGCGUAUUGUUCUUUACGAUACCGAUGGGGUGCGAGCGCGCAUGACAGCUAGCUGGCUACUACAAAUGGGUUGGGAGGUCCACGUCCUCGAUGACAGAGCCACAAUCCCCGAGAGAAUCAAGAUACCCAAGAUCCCUUCCUGGGCCUCAUCAGACCGUGGUGCUAUUUCCAUCGAUGCUCUCCAAAGCCUCAAUGGAGCGACUGUGAUUGAUCUCGCCCGCAGUCCGGCGUAUAGAAAAGGCCAUAUUCCCGGCGCCUGGUUUGCUUCUGGACCUGAGCUUGUUCGGGAUCUGAAGAAGGUCAAUGGUCAUGGACCCAUUGUUCUGACCUCACCUGAUGGUCUUGUUGCUGCCGCUAACUUGGAGGCUACGAAAUCUCCUAUGACUCGACAAAUCCUUUAUUUGGCGGGCGGGACAAAGGCCUGGGUAGAGGCUGGUCAUCCGCUCGAGACCGAAUCGCGGUGGCUGUCUGAGCCCAUUGAUGUGUAUAAACGGCCAUAUGAGGGGACAAGCAAUGCGCGCGAAGAUAUGCAGGGAUACCUUGACUGGGAAUAUGGACUUGUAGCGCAACUUGCGAACGACGGGAUUUCCGGGUUUCGUGUUCAGCGGGAUCGGCGUGUGGAGCUUGAGUUGCUGGAACGAGAGACCUAG